AUGCAGACCCUGCAGAAAGCAGAAAGCGCCUAUUCCAACUACCGCAGCAACUAUGACAAAGUCAACCAGUUCCUGUGCAACAUCCCCAACUAUGAGCCGCAGGAGACUGACAACAUCCAGCAAGUGGAGAUCAAGCUAAAGAACCAAGCGGCGCUCCUCAGUGACAUUGCGAGCAAAGAACAGGAGGUGCAGAAGGUCUCUGCCACAGCUCAACAGUACCAGCAGGCAGUGAAGGACUAUGAGUUGGAAGCUGAGAAGCUACGGUCCAUCCUGGACCUGGAGAAUGGCCGCAAUGGGUAUAUGAGCAAGAAGCCCAGACUCCAGUCUCCAGCUGCGAAAGUGAAAGAGGAGGAAGCUGUUCUGGCAGCCAAGUUCACCGAAGUAAAUGCUGUGAACAAACAGAGGCUGCAGAACCUGGAGUUUGCUCAGAGCCUUCUGCGGCAGCAACCAGAGGUUCAAGUGACAGAAGACUUUGUCCAGAGCAAAAAAUCCCUAAGGCCUGUGGAAGAAGUCUGGAAGUUGAAAAAAGAACUUGAAGAUGAGACGCAGCGUCGGCAGCAGCUAGAAGCAGAGAUCAAAGCCAUUCAGAGCAACAUUGUCCACCUGCAAAACCAGAAGCCCCAAGAAACUAUUGUUAAGAAAGAACUGCUGAAGAAAGUGCCUGACCCUCAGCUGGAGGAGAGCUUCCACAAACUGCAGCAAAACCUGGCCGAAGAGCAGCGCAAGAACCAGGUCCUCCAGGAUGAGCUGGAGGCUCUUAAAAUCAGGCUGCGUGUUCUGGAGCACGAGAAGAGGGAGGGAGGGCAGGAGUAUAUAGUGAAAGAGGUACUGCGUAUUGAACAAGACAAGGCUCAAGCUGAUGAAAUCCUGAAGCUCAAAGAAGAAUUGGAAGAGCUCAGGAGGCAAGAAGGAACUAGAGAGAACGAAGUCAUCCUUUUACGCCAACAAAUUGCUGUGCUGUCCAGCAAGAAGAACAAAGAGCAGGAGAAGGUAACAGAGAAGGAGGUGCUGAAGCUGCAGAACGAUCCCCAGCUGGAGAUGGAAUUCCGGAUGUUGCAAGAGAACAAGCAGAGGGAGAGCGCCCUUCGGCAGAAGCACGAGGAAGAGCUCAGCUUCCUCCAGGACAAGCUCAAACGUCUUGAGAAGGAACGGGCCAUUGCCGAGGGCAAAAUCACUGUCAAAGAGGUGCUGAAGGUGGAGAAAGACUUGGCCAUCGAGAGAGAGGUGAAUGAGCUCCGGCGCCAGUACGAAGAUGAGAAGUCCAAGAGUCGUUCCAACAAGAGGGAGAAGGCUGAGCUGCUCAGGAAGAUCCAGCUGCUGGAGGAAGAGAACUCCAAGGUGGUCGUCCAGGAGAAAGUGCGUGAGAUUGUGCGUCCAGAUCCCAAGGCUGAAAAUGAAGUUGCCAACCUUCGUUUGGAGCUGGUAGAACAGGAGAGGAAAUACCGAGGUGGUGACGAACAGCUGAAGAGCUGCCAGAACGAGUUGGCUGCUCUGAGGAACAAAGGGCCACUGGUAGAAGUCAAGGAAGUCAUUAAGGAGGUCAUUAAGUACAAGAAUGAUCCAGAAACUGAAAAGGAACUACAGCGACUCCGUGAGGAAAUCAUCGAGAGGACAGGAGCAAUUGAAAGAGCUGACCUUGAAAUCUACCAGCUGAAACAAGAGAUACAAGCUUUGAAAGACACCAAACCUCAAGUGCAGAUGAAAGAAGUUGUUCAAGAAAUUCUGCAGUUUCGGGAAGACCCCAAGACUAGAGAGGAGGUCGAGUCCCUGAGAGUGCAACUAGCAGAUGAACAGAUGAAACACAUUGACCUGGAGAGGGAGCGCCUUCUUCAAGAAGAGAAAGUAAGACAGAAAGAGGAAGAACUCUCCCAGGUGAAAGAGAAAGUGGUCCAGCAGGAACUCCGCAAGCUGCAGAGGAGACGGUCGGAGCUGGAGCGUCAGCUCGAAGAACUUGAAAAGGAGAGACAGGCCCGCAGAGAGGCCGAGCUGGAGGUGCAGAGACUGAGAAUUAGGCUGAAUGAGCUGGAAGAACAAGAGAGGGAGACAACAGAACGAGUAACUGUGAAACAAAAAGUGAUCCUUCAGCAAGAUCCCCAGCAAGAGAAGGAGCAUUCCCUCCUCAAGCUGGAGCUAGAAGAAGAGAAGCACCGGAGACAAGUCCUGCAAACUGAACUAGAAGCCCUGAGAAAGAAGCUCCUUUCUUUGGAGAAGAUGGAGGUCAAAGAGAAAGUGGUCUUUUCAGAGAGCGUCCAAGUGGACAAAGGAGACACUGAGUAUGAAAUUCAAAAGCUGAAGAGCAAUCUGGAGGAAGAAAGUAGGCGUAAGAGGGAGCUAGAUGCAGAUAUUAAUUGCCUCGAAACCAGGCUGUCUGAGGUGGAGUUCAACAACUCCAAGUCGUCAAAGGAGCUAGAUUUACUAAGGGAGGAGAACCACAAACUCCACCUUGAGAAACAGAACCUGCUGAUGGAAACCAGGAGACUGCAGUCAGAGAUUGAACUCACAGCAACAGAAGCUCAGGAUUUGAGAAACAUGACUCAUGUGGACAGUGGAAUAAACCUGGACUCCAGAUUCCAAGCUUUGGAAAGAGAGUUAGACGAUCUGAAGCAGUUAUCCAGAGAAAAAGAUGCAGAGAUUGAGCAACUCCAAAAUCGCCUCAAGACAGUGGCUAUCAAGAGGGAACAAAGAGAGAACCACCUGAGGCGCUCCAUUGUGGUCAUUGACCCCGAUACAGGAAAAGAAAUGUCUCCAGAGGAGGCUCAUGUGUUUGGCCUCAUUGAGUGGAGCCUGUUUGUCAAACUGAAGAGCCAAGAAUGUGACUGGGAAGAGAUCUCAAUAAAGGGUCCCAAUGGGGAAUCGUCUGUGAUCCUUGACAGGAAGUCUGGUAGAGAGUUCUCAAUUGAGGAUGCCCUGAAAAGCGGAAGGCUAACCACGGCUCAGUACAACAGUUACCUCAACAAGGAGAUGUCGAUCCAGGAGUUGGCAGUCUUGGUGUCAGGAAGUAACUACACAGCGCUCCCUCCACUUUAG